GAAUAUCGGAUUUGUUUCAUCGAAUUCGAUUCGUUGCGUUUUGUUCUGCAUUUUCAUUUGAAUUUCUAUACUCUCUGCUUUCAAAAAGGCGCAGGAUGAUGAGGCGUUUUUGAUGCGUGGCCGCGGAACAAAGUGCUAGAAUGAGCCGCUAUUGAGGCUCGUCGGCGUACUACACCGGCGUCGACGCACGCCAGAAUGCUUUCCGUGCGCAGGUCAACGUCUGCGACCGCGGUGUGCCUGUCUCUCCUGGCAACCCUACACGAAAGUGGUCGCAGCGCGAAUGCCCUCCUGGGAGCAUCAAGCUCUGGAGGACGUGCCGCACGGUCUACUGCCAGAGCAGGUAGGACAACAUUUCAGCGUCGGCAGGCAGUAGAGCCAUCAACAUCGCCGCCGACUGUGGCACCUGCUCCUACCGAGGCGGAGCUCACAGAUGACGUCGAUUACGCACGAGAUGCACCGUCGUCAGCCGAAGCUUACCACAGGGCGGUUGCGCCCCCAGACGGCCGCAUGUCGCUGUCUCCGCAAGAUGCUGCGCGGGCAGCACAGACCGACGACGCUCUGGACCACCAUCAUGUUUCCGCGGACUUCGAUCCCGCGUCGUCUUUCGUGGGUGCUACCUGUGCGCAGAUCUGCAGCGAGCAGUGUAUCCCAAAAACGGUUGGAGAGGUACAUUUCCAUCUAGCGCAAAUAAAAGUUGUUGUAAAAUACUUGAAUACAGUUACAGCUUCCUGUUUCUCUUUCUGUCUUUCGUAUGCCUGAACCGGUCUACUACUUUCAAGUAACUAUUGCAAGUACGCCCGUUCUUCCCGUUGUUGCCAAGAACUACAACUAUUUCUGAAGGAAGUGGCGUCGCUGAGUUUAUAUACGGCUUGCAGUGGCGAGUCCCUGCUCCUGUGAUGUAUGUUUCUAACUACUUUAUAUCCGAACGCGUUUCUUUCACGGCCAAACCUUCGUCCCUCGUGGAAACCAAAAUAAAUUUCCAAAACAGGAGUUCACUGACUUUGCGGGCGUUGUGGGGCACAAGCUGAGUUCGCUGAUUCCCGACAGCUUGGAGAAGGGCGUUGAGGCAGUGGGAGACUAUGUUACAGACGUCGGUAAGGCUUUAGCGGCCCAGAAGCGGUCCUUUCUGCAGCGGUCCGCAAGGACGACAACUACAACCUCUGAGAUUCUAAAAACAAAAAAUCACUCAUCUGACUGUCAAGCGAGAUGCGAGACGCUGGUGGACCGGUGCAGCGACCUGAUGGACAGCUCCGACCGGAUCCCGGAGCGUGCGGAAGAUGUUGCGGUGGACCCCGCCGUGAUGCGGUGCCAGGACAUGGCGAAGCUGCAGUUUAUCGCGAAGCACGGCAACGUGAAGUACUCGACCAAAUUCGGCGUGCCGCCGACGUUUUCUCAGCUUGCCUCGCUGACGGAACCGAUGGACCAGAUCACCGAGGCGGACCUGCGCACGCUCUCGGUGUGCGCGGACGGCGGCGACGACGCGAGCCUCAACCUCGGCGGGUCCUUGCAGCUGCUCGACUGCAUGGUGGCGGAGGCAAAUGCGUACGCGCACCAGAUCCAGCGCGCGGUGGCGUCCGCGCCGCGGAAAAAUGCGACCAAGAUUGCGUCCGAAGCGAUGCUGGCGCCGCCGAAAACGAUGAAGGAGGACCUGUUUUUCGUGAACGACGUCCGCUGCUACCAGAGCAAGUGCGGGCCGAAGUUCGCGCAAACCACGGUGAAAACGUGCGAAAAAGACGGGGUGUGCAGCACCGACUUCGGGCACCUGCUGUGGCAACUGGGCCUCCUGCACACGGAGUCGCCCAUGAUGCGGGCGCGCAAGGAGAUGGUGAAGCACCACGUGGCCGAGCAGGAGGACCGGCUGGACGAGUUUGCGGACAGUGCGGGCACCGUGGCGGACGCGGACCGGGAUGGUAAGGACGACCUGGACGAUCUAGAUGAGGCCGGGUUGCUCGACGAGGAGGAGGGCGACAAUGGCCGGCCCACCUCGUUGGCGAGCAGUCGGUCCGCUGCCGCCGUGCGCGACGAGCAGAAGCAUGGAACAAUAAAACCGGAGCCGCGGGGGCCCGGAGCGACGCUCCUGCAAGCGGAAGUAGACGAAACAGACCCAGACCACCAACGCGCACUCAAAGAUGCCGCAACAAGCUUUACCCCGGUACUAAGUGCGAAACGUUUUUUACGCUCACUCAGCAACUGUUUUACGUGUUGAACUGUCUAGCAAAAAAUCAGAGCUCGGCUCUUGCCGAAUAUUAUGUCACGGUCGCCUCUUAGGUGGCCUGCUUAUGGUUAUCUAUGUACAACACGUCUCAUGAACGGAUGUGAUUCUAAUUGUGAAUGUCAAUCAAAAUUACCAGCCCCCGUUUUGCCGCGCCCAGAUGUGCGCUCCCUUCCCGUUGACGACUUUGACGGAAGUGGGACUCGCAAAGCUGUUCAGCGCCAUGCCCGGCGAGAAGUGUCCGGUGAUGGAGAAGAUCGCCGACUCGCACCCGCACGACUUGUACGACGGUAUGAUCGACGAGCCCAAGGGCUCCAUAUCCGACGACAUUGCGGAGAAGGUGCGGCAAAACGUCGCCGAGCAGGCGGAGCAGGCGAAAGAGGUGCCCCGGCCCAAGCCUUUGCCCACGACGAGACUGGAUGCGGAGGACACGACAGCGUGGUCGACGAGCAGGCUCUUCCUCGACGGACACGCGGUGCUGGGAAACAACUCGCCGGGGGCCGCGCAGGUCGACCACCUCGUCGAGAGCGCGGCAGACUGGUACUCCAUCCUGGAGGUUGUGGACCACCGAGGGCUUGCAACUUCUCGGGGUUUGCCCUCUCAACGGGCGGUGGAAAAAACUGAUAGCAGCACGCACGCGGUGGAAGCCAGUGACGAGCAGCGGGAAGAACAAGAAUUGGAAGGAGACAGUAUCGGCGACGAGGACACUGGCGCGAAGCUAUCAGACGAAACGGACCAACGAGACGAGGAGGCCGAAGCUUCGGACAUGGCAGAAAAAGCGAGCACAGGAGGCUCGGAUAGUGCGGCGGACACUUCUUCGGAGAUGAACAUCGACGAUGUAGGAGCCGACCAGGCGACGUCGGAGCUGGCGUCCGUCGGUCCGUCGGAAGCGAUGUCAGACGAAGAGGACCAGGACCAGGACCCAGCGAACACCCUUGCCGCGUCGCCAGAAAUGCUCCCGUCCACCGAUGUGGAAGACAAUCUGGCAAACCAGAUGGCAGACGUAUUUGUCUUGGACGGGAAAGACGAGGUCGCCAUGCGAAAGACGACACUGCUGCAAAAAGCACGCGCGAGCAAAAGCCACCAGGAUCGCGCGGAAGACGACGAUGAUGACGAGGAUUCUGGCAUUCCGGGCACCGAAACGGAAUUCUCUAACUACUGAACAAGUAUGGAGCUGCCAGGUUUGAUGCUGGAUCAAGUACUUUCUCACUACUAACACAAGUGUAGGUAGCGAUUCUCGUCACGUCCUCGAAUGCAUCUUCGUGUAUGCAUGAACACCAUCUCCUGGUGGAACCACAGAGCCCUCGCGCCUGGCGCGUGCACGAUUUUCAUUUUACUAUACAUUGUUUUUUCCAGCUCCACCACUCUGUUUAUCAUGCAGCGUGGAAAUCGAAAUCAAUUUCCAGGCCCGGAUACAGUGAAAGACUUCCUAUUCGAACUAAAAACAGAGUCACUUCUUUCCGGCGCUACCGAGC